AUGCCUUCUACAACAGUUAUUGGUGCUACUCUGGAGCAGAAAGAAAAUGGUGCCUCGCAACCCAUCGGUUUCUACACCAGAAAACUAACAACAACAGAACAGAAAUUUGGGACUCCAACAACAAUAACUUCUGACCAAGGCACACAAUUUGAGUCUGCUCUAUUCAAGUCUUUGGCUCAGGCAGUUGAAGCAAAGAAGACACGUACAAAAGCUUACCACCUUCAGACUAAUGGACUCGUGGAGCGAUGGCAUAGGAAAUUGAAAGCUGCUUUGGUGUGUUCCACUGAACCGCGGAUCAAGAUACUACCUUACGUGCUCCUUGGUCUACGAAACUCAUUUAAGGCAGAUAUAAAAGCAUCACGAGCAGAAAUGGUCUACGGAACUACGUUGAGACCUCCCUGUGAUUUUAUCAAUGUAUCUGAUAACUCAACAAAUCCACAAAUAUUUUUAGAUAAUCAUAGCCGAAUCAUAUGUGCAUUAAAACCAACUCCUACUGCUCAUCACAACAAGGGCAAAAUGUUUAUUUUGAAAGAUAUGGGCAUAUGCACCCAUGUAUUACUCAAGGCAGAUCAUGUCCGGAAGCCUCUAGAACCACCUUGUAGUGGGCCUUAUGAAAUUCUAGAGCGAGUUACUGACCGAAUAUACAAACUCCGCAUAAAUGGGACUGAAAAGAACUUCACUGUAGAAAGAUUAAAACCCGCUUAUAUAAACAAAUCAGAUACUGAUUGUGAAUCAGAUUCGAAUUCACAUCACAGACCAUCAGCAAAAAAAACAACCAAGAAGACUCCAAAAAAGAAAGUUACGUUUAACAUAUGA